CAAAACCCUGACCAAUCCCACUCCUCUUGCCUAAAUCUAAACAACAAAUGCAACGAAUACCAGCCAAUCAGAGGGAGAGUAGGGCGGGUCAUGCCUUCGUCAUCCUAGGAAACAAAAUUGGCACACGGGGGGCGGGGCUCUAUACGGUGACGCGGCACGUUUACUAUACGUCGUUGAUGCGCAUCGCGAAACAUGUCGGCAUCUGAGACAACGACGAAGGAGCCUCCUGAAGGAAAUGACUCAGAAACACCUGCAGAGUCAUUAGCUGGACCAAGUCAAGUAAAGAAAGAUAAUGCAGCCUUCACCACUGCUGUUGACAAGAAGACAGAGCCCAUGGGUGGCAUGCCAUCAAUGUUAUCUCUGCAGCCUGGGAAGGACGCUUCCAGAGCUGGAGAGGAGGGAGAGAAAUGGUCACCUGCAUCCUCUCCAAACAAACCUGCAUCAGGACAUGCAGCAAAGUCCCUUUUAUCAAUGUCCUCCUCUACUUCUACGUCUUCAACGUUGUCCCCUGGCCGAGCAAAGAUGAGUGUUUCUGGACCUGGCAGUAGUAAAUCCGUCCUGGCACCUGGCUCCUCCUCUUCCUCCUCUUCGUCCUCUUCGUCCUCUUCAUCCUCUGCCACAGCCUCCUCAUCUCCUUCUGUCUCCCCUGGCCCACCCAAGAUCCACCGGGCCCGCAAGACCAUGAACAGGCCUCCACUAGGGCAGAUAAGCCAUGUUGAAGCACCUAUUGCACCUUCAGGAUCCUCUGACUCUGAAACUGUUGCAAAAAGGAGAAAACUGGGUAUUUUAUCUGAUGGCACACUUGAGAAGUCAGAGAACGUUCCAGAAAAUGUUCAAACUGUGGAAGAAACGUUAUUUCAUAAAAAGAUGGAGUCUGUUACCAAGACUGCACCAGAGAAGAGCAACAGCAGUGUGGGGAGGUCAGAGGAGGAAGUAGCUGAGAAAAUUCCGAUUUCCAGUCGGUCCACGCGAAAUUCAGAAAAGUUUGAGGAUGGUGUGGCAGAAGCAAGGCAGCACACUAAAGACAUAGAGGGGUCAGUGAACAUGUCAGAUCAUGGUUCAGAGUCUGAAACAAAGAGAGCCGUCCAGAGUAGAAAUGAGAGCGAGAAGUCUUUGUGGCAGCAAACAGACCCGGACAAAGAGAGAAACACAGCUGAUGUGGUGGAGAUAGUGGGAGAAAGGUCCACUGAGUACACAGAGGUUCCCUUGGGUGCUCUGGACAUCGCUGCUGCCGACAGUCUGACACUUUCUCCUCAUCACGAAGGAAGUGAUGCAGGAGACACAGAGCGGCUGGAGGAGCUUCCCCUCUGCAGCUGCAGAAUGGAGGCUCCUCGAGUUGACAGCACCAGCCACCGCAUCAGCAGACAGUGUAUGGCCACUGAGAGCAUCAAUGGAGAGCUGAGGGCCUGUUCCAAUCGGACUAUAAAGGGGGAGACCAUGCGGCCAUCAAGUCGGGUGCCCCUUAUGGUGCUUUGUGAAGUCCAUCGCUCACACAUGGUCAAACACCACUGCUGUCCUGGGUGUGGAUACUUCUGCAUAGCGGGCACAUUUCUUGAGUGCUGCCCAGACCAGCGCAUCGCUCACCGUUUCCACCGAGGUUGUGUGACGGUGCUGGGCGCUGGGCGCAGCCGAUCAAAUGGCGGCGGUAUGCUUUUCUGUCCCCACUGUGGUGAAGAUGCCUCCGAGGCCCAGGAGGUUACCAUCCCCUCCUUCAGCUCAUCCACAGCCUCCGUGACCACCGUCGUUACCAUGUCGGCCUCCUCCACCACCACCCCAUCUCUGCCGCCAUCCGCUCUUACAGCACCCUCACUCACAGCCUCAACAGGAGGGAUGAAGGACGGGAAGAUGCCUGAGAGACCUGUCAGUGCACGUAUGCGUAGUCAUGGCUUAGUGACACCGGCAGUGGAGCAGCAGCCCCCGCAGCCUGUAGCCUCUGCAGCGACUGUGGCCACCAUCCCCCCAGCAGAGGAGGGGGUGGACAGCGUGGGGCCCUCUCUCUGUAUGCCAAAUGGGAAACCCAUCUGCCCUGGUGCACUUCCACCUGGGCCCAGCAGGGCGGCGCUGCAGAAGGCCAUUCUCACACAGGACACUGAGAGGAAGAAGAAACUGAGGUUCCACCCCCGCCAGCUUUACCCUGCUGCCAAGCAAGGCGAAGUACAGAGAGUCCUGCUCAUGCUGAUGGAGGGCAUAGAUCCAACAUACCAGCCUGACUCUCAGAACAGGCGCUCUGCUCUACAUGCUGCAGCCCAGAGAGGUCUGCUGGAAGUCUGCUACAUACUCGUACAGGCCGGUGCCCAAGUGGAUGCCUUGGACAAGGACAGAAGGACCCCUCUGUUGGAAGCAAUCAUCAACAAUCACAUUGAGGUGGCUCACUACCUGGUCCAGAACGGCGCCUGUGUCUAUCAUAGUGAGGAUGAUGGGUAUACUGGCCUCCACCACGCAGCCAAGCUGGGAAACCUGGAAAUUGUCAACAUGCUUCUGGAAACGGGUCAGGUUGAUGUGAACGCACAGGACAGCGGUGGUUGGACGCCGAUCAUCUGGUCCGCAGAGCACAAACACGUAGAGGUGAUAAAAGUGCUGCUGAACAGAGGAGCUGAUGUCACCAUUAAUGACAAGUCCCUACCCUCCUUUCAGGAGCUGAACGUGUGUCUCCACUGGGCGGCGUAUGCAGGGAAUGUGGAUAUAGCAGAGCUGGUGUUGAACUCUGGCUGUCCCCUUGCCUCGGUUAACAUGCACGGAGACACGCCGCUCCACAUCGCCGCCAGAGAGGGCUACUUGGAAUGUGUUACGUUGUUCCUCUCCAGAGGUGCAGACAUUGACAUCGUGAACAGGGAAGGAGAUACGCCUCUGAGCCUUGCACGGGCCGACACGCCGGUGUGGGUAGCACUCCAGAUCAACAGGAAGCUGAGAAGGGGAAUAACCAAUCGUAUGCUUCGGACUGAGAGAAUCAUCUGCAGUGAUGUUGCGCAGGGCUAUGAGAACGUACCGAUUCCCUGUGUGAAUGCAGUGGACGAUGAGGGUUGUCCUUCAGACUACAAAUACGUUUCAGAAAACUGUGAAACUUCAGCAAUGAACAUAGACCGCAAUAUUACACACUUACAGCACUGUAGCUGCACUGAUGACUGCUCAUCUAGUAACUGCCUCUGUGGACAGCUGAGUAUCCGCUGCUGGUACGACAAGGACCAGCGGCUGCUCCAGGAAUUCAACAAAAUUGAACCUCCACUUAUAUUUGAAUGCAACAUGGCGUGUUCCUGUUACCGAACGUGCAAAAACAGGGUGGUACAGGCAGGCAUCAAAGUUCGUCUUCAGCUCUACAGGACAGAGAAGAUGGGCUGGGGAGUUCGAGCUCUGCAGGAUAUUCCCCAGGGAAGCUUCAUCUGCGAAUAUGUUGGGGAGCUCAUCUCUGACGCAGAGGCAGAUGUUCGAGAAGACGACUCCUACCUGUUUGACCUGGACAACAAGGAUGGGGAGGUGUAUUGUAUCGAUGCCCGGUACUAUGGCAACAUCAGCCGCUUCAUCAACCACCUGUGCGACCCAAACCUCAUCCCAGUACGUGUGUUCAUGCUGCACCAGGACCUGAGAUUUCCCCGCAUCGCCUUCUUCAGCUCCAGAGACAUCCACAGUGGACAAGAGCUGGGAUUCGACUAUGGAGACCGCUUUUGGGACAUUAAGAGCAAGUAUUUCACCUGUCAGUGUGGAUCGGAAAAAUGCAAACACUCAGCCGAGGCCAUCGCCUUGGAGCAGAGUAGACUGGCUCGACUGGAUGUUUGCACAGAAUCGGGAACUGACUGUGGGAUGACCAUGCUUGGAAACUCUUAAAACACUUACCCAGGGGGCCUUUGGAUUAACCUCAUCCAUUUCACAUGUGCACAUUGGCAAAGGAAAUACACCUUGAGGGUUUUAUCAUGUUUGAAAUUCUGUGUUUGGUGCAUGGUGCUGUUUUUUCUACUUGAAAUGUCCUUUUUUUUCUCUAAAAUGUGCCACCUUAGGAGGAUCAUUUCCCAUCAGGUAGAGGACAUGGGCCUUAACAUAUUUUUAAACUGUGUGGGUAUAAAUCACAACAACUUGUGAUUCUGUACAUACCGUAUGUUUACUGUAUAUCACUGUCUGUUUGCCUUGACACAUGAAGUUUGUGCAUUAGGAGUCUGCCAUCAUGUAAUUGUCAUACAUAUGUAUUUUCUUUUUUGCCAACAAAUGUAAUGCAUUUUUGACACAGUACAGUAAUGGGUCAACCCUUAGCCCAUACUGGACUCAAUAAGGACCUGAGGCAUAGUGUUGGUUGUGGAUGAUUGUGUUAGCUUUAUUUUUUAUACGCAUUGUUUUCUUGAUCACAUUUAGUAUAAUAAAUUAGCUCAUGAGUUGAUCUUUGGGCUCUUGUAUUAAAGUGCUCAUAUUAUG